CUUGGGUUGCAACCCACAGACACCCGCCCCUUGGACUUUGGGAGCCCGCGUCCGACCUCCGCAGCCCGCUGCAGCCGGGUUGGGUCGGACCUGAACCCCUAACAGCAGAACCGCCUCCCACUCUCACGCCCUCCUGUAGCGGAGUCGCCGGUGGCGGCGGCUGCGGACGGGCCGAGGGUUUCCUUUCGCUCUGGAUGGAGCUGAACUUUGGGCUGCUGGAGGAUCGCGGCCAUCCGGGGAUCGCUGCAUGCUGAGCUCCCUCGGAGAGACCCAGCGGCGGCUCGGGAUUUUUUUGGGGGGCGGGGACCAGCCGUGCGCCGGCACCAUGCUCUUGGCGACCCUGUACUUCGCGCUGCCCCUCCUAGACUUGCUCCUGUCCGCCGAGGUGAGCGGCGGGGACCGCCUGGACUGCGUGAAAGCCAGCGAUCAGUGCCUGAAGGAGCAGAGCUGCAGCACCAAAUACCGCACGCUGAGGCAGUGCGUGGCGGGCAAGGAGACCAACUUCAGCCUGGCAUCCGGCCUCGAGGCCAAGAAUGAGUGCCGCAGCGCCAUGGAGGCCUUGAAGCAGAAGUCGCUCUACAACUGCCGCUGCAAGCGGGGCAUGAAAAAGGAGAAGAACUGCCUGCGCAUCUACUGGAGCAUGUACCAGAGCCUGCAGGGAAAUGAUCUGCUUGAAGAUUCCCCAUAUGAACCAGUUAACAGCAGAUUGUCAGAUAUAUUCCGGGUGGUCCCAUUUAUGUCAGAUGUUUUUCAGCAAGUGGAGCACAUUCCCAAAGGGAACAACUGCCUGGAUGCAGCUAAGGCCUGCAACCUCGAUGACACCUGCAAGAAGUACAGGUCUGCGUACAUCACCCCCUGCACCACCAGCAUGUCCAAUGAUGUCUGCAACCGCCGCAAGUGCCACAAGGCCCUCCGCCAGUUCUUCGACAAGGUCCCGGCCAAGCACAGCUAUGGAAUGCUCUUCUGCUCCUGCCGGGACAUUGCCUGCACGGAGCGGCGGCGACAGACCAUCGUGCCUGUGUGCUCCUAUGAGGAGCGGGAGAAGCCUAACUGCUUGAAUUUGCAGGAGUCCUGCAAGACAAAUUACAUCUGCAGAUCUCGCCUUGCAGAUUUUUUUACCAACUGCCAGCCAGAAUCAAGGUCUGUGAGCAGCUGUCUGAAGGAGAACUACGCAGACUGCCUCCUGGCCUACUCCGGGCUGAUUGGCACAGUCAUGACCCCCAACUACAUAGACUCUAGCAGCCUCAGUGUGGCCCCGUGGUGUGACUGCUUCAACAGUGGGAAUGACCUGGAAGAAUGCUUGAAGUUUUUGAAUUUCUUCAAGGACAAUAAAUGUCUUAAAAAUGCAAUUCAAGCCUUUGGCAAUGGCUCCGACGUGACUGUGUGGCAGCCAGCCCUCCCGGUACAGACGACCACUGCCACCACCACCACUGCCUUCCGGGUCAAGAACAAGCCCCUGGGGCCCGCAGGCUCUGAGAAUGAGAUCCCCACACAUGUUUUGCCACCUUGUGCAAAUUUACAGGCCCAGAAGCUGAAAUCCAAUGUGUCGGACAAUACACAGCUCUGUCUUUCUGAUAGCAAUUAUGAGAAGGAUGGUCUCGCUGGUGCUUCCAGCCACAUAACCACAAAAUCGAUGGCUGCCCGUCCAAGCUGCGAUCUGAGCCCACUGCUGGUUUUGGUGGUCACUGCUCUGUCUACCCUGUUAUCGUUAUCCUUGGCAGAAACAUUGUAGCUGCGUUUAGAAAACAAGGUGGACAUGUAAAAAGAUGAAAACGAAGUUAUCUGUUUCCUACCUUCUUGUAUAUCUGAAAAUCCAAUUCUAGGAGCUCCGUGGAGAAACAGUUUCAUCCAGCUGGAAGUUUUUUUUUUUUAAAGAGAGCUUCUUGUGAUCCUUAGGGGCUUCUGUGGAAAUCCUGAGGCAGUGCUACAUUCCAAACUCAAAAGGCUUUGUUUGGGGCAUGCUGUAUUUUGGGGACAAUUUGUAAACUCGACUGUAAAGUAAACUGGGGCCAUGUUUUUGAUGAUGAUGAUGAUGAUGAUGAUGAUGAUUUUAAUGGUUUUAACUCUGGCCUUUACUAAAUGGAGGAGUUAGUGUUUCUAAAGAUUUUUCCAUAGCUCAUGUAAUGGCUUCGAUUUCCAAUGGCAUAAACUACAACCUAACAUGGAUGACAAGCAUUUUUCUGUCAGUGAAACUUCUCAAGAGUGGAUUUUGUGGAAAACAACUUGUGCCGAUAUUCAUCUUUCCAUACUUACUAGCAUCUUCCACACUCUUUGUGUAUUGUAAACUGUGCUCUCAUACAGAACAAAAGACACCCGUCACAUCUACGUGUAGAAUCUGUCUUUUAGUCAAAAUAGGAAGAGUGGAUGUGAAACCUUACAGUACUUUGAUCAUUGGCUGAUUCUCUCCUAAGCCUUACCUGAGUGAGACGUCCUUAAACUAACAAGAGUCAAAUAUAGUUCAAGCAUCAUUCUAAUACUCUUUCCACUUAGGAGGUUAUAUGUAGAAAAGAAAUUUUACUACUCAAUGAUGCCAACUAUUGGCUUUCUAUAUUUUGAAAGUAAUGAUAUCUUCAUUUUUUUUACUGAUGGUUUAAUACAAGAUAUGUGGAGCUUGUCUUCUUCUCAUAAGUUGUGUUAGCUCCGGUAUUGACUUCACGAAUACAGCUCUUCAAAAACAGACCCUGAGGAACGUCAUGCUUAGUGGAAAGCUUUGCAACACGUGGCUGUGGAUGGGCAGGAGGAAAUAGAACAGCUUGAGUUGUCUUUUAUUGUGUCUUGAAAUGCGUACAUGCGAGGAGGCCCGGGGGCCACUUGUGAUUGCGCAGAGCAUCUCUUGGCACCAUCGCUGCUGACACAAUCCGGGACCUUUGUGCUCAUGGUUUCUAACAGAGGCAGCUCGGAUGGGAAUGGGGGAUAGGGACGUGCCACCCUCUCUUCCAGUCCAUGCUCAAGUAAGCACUUGUUUUCUUCACUCCCAACUGAGAUCCCUUGACUGCUGUGGAGACCAGUUUGGGCUGAGGAUCAUCGGGAAUCAGCGUGUAUCGUGUUCUUUUCCACGGACAGACUGUGGCUGGCUGUGCGGAAAGAGAAGGUUGGUGGGUUGAGAGGGUCAGUGGGGGAGGUCUGGGGAGGCGAGUUUGUUGGCACAGGUAAACAGAAUAGGCAAGGCUGUGGUGAUAAGGCAGCAGUCUUUGUUAGCUGCACAUUUUCCACCAUUGUUCUCUUCCAUCACACAAAUCUAUGUGCACUUUUGAAAUCUGGUUUAGAUGGCAAGAUUCAGAACCUGCAGGGAUCACAUACUAGUGGCUGUGUUUCUCUCACACUGAAUGAAGAAGAGUGAGCUUUCUUCCCAUACUGCACAGACCUGGAGGGGGAAACCUGAUUUCCUACUGAUCUCUUUCCCUGCUGCUUCUGCCCUGGAAGGUUCAACAGAUCACUGGGGAAGGAGAGAGACCUACUCUUUGAGCUCUUUUGGUGUUUGAAAUAUAUUAUAUCCAGAUGUUAGUAAACACAGGUGUAUAAUACUCAGUACCUACAAAUUUUUUCACCUACAAAUGCUUUCAAGGUAAAUGCAUUCAACACCCAACUGUAUUUGAUCAGUGAAAAGUUCCAUAAAGACUCCUACUUUGAAUAAAUACAUUUAAUGUGUCAAAAGCAUUUGAAAUGCCAGUCAUCUAGGAGAGCAUAUCUCUUACAGAACAUGUUUUGUUUUAAUUAAGGUAUCGCUGAGUAUCUGCCCUGAGCUGCUUUCAUAUGGGUCUGAUUCUAUGUGAUGCAGUGUAGAAAGCUAUUGAUUACUUCUGCAAAAUCCAGCAGCUCUAAUUAGCUUCAGAUAACCAAAGAAGAAAUGGAAGUUCUCAGUGUUAACAAGGACGGCCUUCAUUGAAGAGUGUGUAGAUAUAAAUUAAGUCUUAAAAAGCUCUAUGCCCAACAAAGAUCUCAUUUUUUUUCACAGACAAAAGCAUAUCUGUGUUGCCAAAUCCUGAAACUGAAAAUGAGUUACUGAUUAAAUAAACAGGAGAAAUAUCUUGUUCAGGAACAACUUGUAGAAGAGAGUGUUACAAAAUUAAGCCAAGCAAGUGGUCCUGUCAUUUGGUUUGAUCUCAGUUUACCCUGGUCACCCUGAAAUAUCAUUGUUUGUCCCAGGACUAAAAGAGAGAAAUUACUGAAACCUUUUACUUAUCUAGCUUCUUCUUGGAGUGCUUACAAGCAAAAGGUGACUCACUACUUCCUGUCCUUAGUCCCUGCAUGUCAGGUGUCACAGACACAGGAAGUAUCUGCUAAGGCUAAGUCUCUCCCAGGAAACAUCUUAGGGUGGUUGAUUUUGAUAACACAAAAGUAGAUAUUUAUAUGCAUAGAGACCAUGAUUCUCAGAUCAAAUCUAGCCAUGCCCUACUUAUUUCAGAGGGAAAGAGAAAAAAAGGCAAUACUGCCACAUUGAUUAGAAGCACAUUCGUUUCACUUUGAUGUUGACUAUCUCUGACCAAUAUUUGAGUAUCUUUUGAGUAGAGCACAUGAAGGAAGAAGUGCACAGUAUAGAAAGGGAAUUCAGAAUGUCAGCUGAAUAUUUAUUUUUCCAUAUCUAAUUUUUGUCAAACCUCUAAAAGAAAGAGCAGAUGUUGAUAAUUAAUAGGUUAUUUUUCUUAAGUAUAAUAGCAAACUGUAUCCAGAGCAUUAGAGUGUGGUUUCUAUUUAAUUUUAUUUUUUAAAACAAUUCUUUAUCUUACACUAAAAAAUGUCUUAGAAGUGAUGGCUUCGUGUUCAUCCAGUGCUGGUAAGGGCUUCUCCAGGGGGCUGUGGCCUUCGAUUUGAUCUGUAGUUAGACAGUUUCUGUGUUGCACGGCUCUGAGGCUGGGUCUUUCGGACCUGCGUCCCAUUUCCUACAUAACUUUUUUGUUGUUCAGUCAGAUACUCUCCAACACUCUAUCUGCUGAAAUAGGCAAGUGGGAGAGCUGAAGCAUUUUUAAGUCGGUGCAUAGCGCUUCAGAAAAGGGAGGUGAGAGCAAUGGGAGUUUAUAUAAUUAACAAAUUCUUUUCUUAGACUCCAGCAUAAAUGUAUUUCAGUUAUUAUUUACAAAAUAGUGGCCUCCGAGGAGCUGUCUUUUGGAAAAUAAGUUUUCAUUCAUGUCAUUAGACAUGCAUGACUUACUUGAGUCUGUAAACUGUAGACCAGAAAAGGGCUGCUUAAAUGAGUUCACGCUUUCUAAUACUCUUUCGGUGCUGUUCUUGAUCUUGUGGAUUCGCACCACCAUGCUCUCUGUUGACCUUGCUUCUCAUCUUUGCUGAAGCAAAUGAGACCACAGGAAAUCUAUGUUUGCAAGAAAGACGAGAGGCAGUGGCAGCAGAUGGGAGUGAAUUACCAUUGGCCCAGGCACCAUGACAGCAGAAUGCCCAUCUGCACUGAGCUCGGAGAAUUUGGAGAGACAAAGCACAACUGAAGUGCAGUAAGAGGCCAUGUACCAUUGGCCUAUGGGGCUUGCGGUCUGCUCACAUCUUUUAGAGAGCAGGAUGGGAGAUUUAACCUAGUAAAGCACCCAGAGCGCCUUGAAGUACACUGUGGUUCCAUCACAAAAAGGAAGCCAGAGCUACCCGUACUUUCUGGAUGACAGAGGAAGGAAUUUCUUUUUAAAAAAUAAAACACUGAGGGAUUCAAAUGGAUACCUUUAAAGCUACAUUUUUCUCUUAUCCUGAGACAGAAAUCUCAUGUAUAUAUCUGACACCUUUUGACACAGCUUUUCUUCUUGAGUGUCCAUUUGUUUUAAGCCUGUUCUCACGAUCCUUCAUGAGAAU